AUCGUGACAUGAAGGCUUUAAUAGUAGUUGAUCUCCAAUAUGAUUUUGUUCCUCCGGAUGGUAAGUUGGCCGUACCUGGAGGAGCCGAACUCCCUGAGAAAAUUUCUAAUUUGUGCGAAGCUUUGAAAAAAAAGGGGUUUCUUAUAGUCGGUACUCAAGACUGGCAUCCUCGUAACCAUGGAAGUUUUGCAUCCACUCAUUCGAAACCGCCAUUUACUAUGGGAGAAUUAUCGGGAGCGCCGCAAAUGCUAUGGCCUGACCAUUGCGUGCAGGAAAGUAAAGGCGCCGAGCUUGAUUCGCUCGUGAAAGGGCACCUUGAAAAAGUUAUUCAAAAAGGGACCAAUCCCGCUGUGGAUAGUUAUAGCGGUUUUUUUGAUAAUAAUAAAAAUGGCGAUACCGGCUUAAACGAUUAUCUGCAAGCUAAUAAUAUUAAAAAAGUUUAUGUGUGCGGACUUGCGCUUGAUUACUGCGUAAAGUUUACUUGCUUGGACGCUGUGGCGCUUCAUUAUGACACGAAUCUUAUAACGGAUUUGUGCCGCGCCGUGACUGUUCAAGGCGGAAUCGAUGCUCUUAAAGAAUUAAAAUUAAAAAAAGUAAAAUUGGUAGAUUCUAAAGAGCUCUUGAAAUAAUCUGAAGUAAAAAAAAU